GCGUGUCAUGGCGCGCCCUCGUCUGGCUUGAAAAAAGGGGACAGCUCCGUUGCUUAAAUCCAGAGGGAGGCACAGGCGGAGCAUCUCUCGGUAUCACUCGCUGAAUUGAACACCACACAUUUGGAAAUCUGUUUGUCAUUUAGUGGCACGCGCCAGGACGCACCUAUGCAGAUGGCUGCAACACAGCAAGAGGGCUCGGACCAGAACUUUGAUUAUAUGUUCAAACUGCUCAUCAUCGGCAACAGCAGUGUAGGAAAAACGUCCUUUCUCUUCCGCUAUGCCGAUGAUUCCUUCACCUCUGCUUUCGUCAGCACUGUGGGCAUAGACUUCAAAGUGAAAACAGUCUACAAGAACGACAAGCGGAUCAAACUACAGAUAUGGGACACAGCGGGUCAGGAGCGAUACCGGACCAUUACCACAGCAUACUACAGAGGCGCUAUGGGCUUCAUCCUCAUGUAUGACAUUACCAACGAGGAGUCCUUCGGUUGUGUGCAGGACUGGUCCACCCAGAUUAAGACGUACUCAUGGGACAACGCCCAGGUAAUCCUGGCGGGGAACAAGGCUGACAUGGAGGAGGAAAGGGUGGUGUCAGUGGAUAGUGGUCGAAUGCUGGCCGAACAGCUUGGGUUUGAGUUCUUCGAGACGAGUGCCAAGGACAAUGUCAACGUAAAACAAACAUUUGAGCGUCUCGUCGACCUCAUCUGCGACAAGAUGUCCGACAGUUUAGAGACUGACCCGGCUGUCACCACAGGAACGCCCAACGCUAGGCUAACUGACAACCCCCCUCCCUUGCAGCAGCCCAACUGCGGUUGUUAACCAGGAAAAUGACAACAACAAUAACAACAAUCUAAGACGUAUGAGAUUGCCAAAAUAUUGUAUAAUCCCUUAGGUGGAUCUGUAAUACCUUUCAUUGUAUUAUUCUUCAUAUCUGACUUAGUCUCAUGGAUUAAACAUUUCUGAUGUGCCUAGUACAUUUUUUCAGAUUGUUUGUGUGUUUCAAGUUGGCUGACUCAUCAUGUUGUAUAUUCACAAAACUGACAAAUAGACAUGUACAGUAAUGCCAUGUCAGUAUGUCAUGACCAUUAAUCAGUAAUUCCACAUCAGUCGGUUUAUUUAUCUAUUUAUUUAUAUAAAAACAUAAAUACAGGAUCUCGUAUAUACUAUAUUAACCAGAGAAAAUAUUGUGUGUGGUUUAUGGAAUGCUCUGUCAAUGACAUCAUGAUCUGUGUAUGGUUAAGUUGCCAUUUCCCUCUUGCAUAUCCUGUAUUUCCUCCCUCCCCUAUUCCUACAGUGUGUGUGUGUGUGUGUGUGUGUGUGUGUGUGUGUGUGUGUGCGCUAGUGCCACUGUUAAGCAUUGAACAUUACCGUAACAAAUUAUUACCUACCUUGCGAAAGUGAUGCCUUUCAAAAUCUCUUGCCAUAGUUAGUUGUUUGUGUAUUGUUUCAUAUUUUUACAUCGCCACACUAGAUAUAUGAAACCAAUGUGAUUAUCUGUGGUUAGAACCAAUGUGAUUAUCUGUGGUAAGAACCAAUGUGAUUAUCUGUGGUUAGAACCAAUGUGAUUAUCUGUGGUUAGAACCAAUGUGAUUAUCUGUGGUUAGAACCAAUGUGAUUAUCUGUGGUUAGAACCAAUGUGAUUAUCUGUGGUUAGAACCAAUGUGAUUAUCUGUGGUUAGAACCAAUGUGAUUAUCUGUGGUUAGACAGAUGCAUGGCUUUAUUCUCAGGAUAUUAAUAAAGUAGUUUGUUCAGUGACAAUGGAUUAGCUGCCAUAGUAUAACAGUUGUCUAAUGCUAACUUGUACAGUACUAUAUUGUAGUAUAGGUAGGUAGUCAUCACAAUAAUACCUGCGUGGUAUUUAACAGUUUACUUUAUUAAACAAGUGGUACAUUUAAUGUGGCUGUAAAGUGGUAUAAUUACUACUCCGAUGACUGCUGUUUGAAAACAGUAUGCACCUGUGAGUGCAGAGAACAGUUUCUGAUGUGUUUCUCAAUGUUAUAUCUAUGUACGAGCAAUGGUCUGUGUAAUACUGCCAACUGGUCAGUAAUCUGCAGUAACUGAGACCUAAUAAUUUCUGCAGUGCGGAAUCCAUUGUAGCUCAUCCUCAGUUGUCAGCCGUAGGUUUCAGUCUGGGCUUACAACGGAUGUCCUCAAAUGGGUUCCGUACUGCAGUGCUAGGUCCAGUGCUGCAACUGUUAAUGAAAUGGUCCUAAAUUAACGGCAGAAAGCACAUAAUAACGCCAGUUCCUGGAACAAUAAAGGUUGAGAGACACUGUGAGACGUACAGAGAAACCAAGGAGGGGUCCCAGACAACUAUUUCAGGGAAGUGAGUCACGGCAUCAAUAUUUCAACAGUCUGACCUGACUUGACUACAGGAUUAUAAAUAAGGAGCCACUUCCAUAAUUCAUACCAUCUCAUUCUCUGGACUUCUCCUCAAAUACUUUUUAUUCGCCGCCCUUCAAAGAGACACUCCUUCUGACAUUAUUCACCAUUCAUUUACUGGAGCUUGUAGUAAUGUUUUACUUCUCAGUUAGAUUAUUCAUUACUUUUUUUUAAAUAGUUCUAGAAAAGUUCCCUUGAAAAAACCAGAGACAGUUAUCCUAAAUGGACCCCUACGUGCCAAUGUACUAGAAAACAAAUAGAAAGGAAGCUGUUUUUAGGUGUUGUGGGAUUAUUUUGUUAAAAAGGGCAUGUUACUGUUAGCUAGACCAAGUGUCAUGCCAAAUAUUGUCUUGCAGAAAAUGCUGCAAUCGAUUGUUGCACUUGUGAAAUGGACAGCCUAUGAAUCGUUGCAUUUUCUGCGGCACACUUGCAUGACGUUGUGCCAGAUCUAUUUCUAUAUAUCUAUAUCGGUAUACUUAUUCUAUUGUAUUUGUGCACCCUCAGGUCUCGUCUUGAGGUGCAAUGGGCCAAUAAGUGCAAUAUUUUAAAAAGCCUGUUUCUCUGUGAAUAGCCAUCUGUCUGUGCCAUGCAUAACUGUUAGGAUUGAAUUCCUUUGCCUUUUACGAGUGGUGUGUGAGUAGGGGUUAAAUUGGCCGGGGGGCAUAGUGGAAAGUCUCCUACUUUUGUAGCAGAAAACUUAAGACGCGUCCUAAUAGUGGAACAAGAGAAAGCAAGUUCCGAUGUCUUCCCAACUGAACCCCAGUGGGCAUGAUUGUGAAUACACAAUUCUGACGUAUUAUAGUGAGAACAUGCAGCCUGUCAGAAAGCCAAGUCGUUUUCUCACAAUGUCAACACUGUCAUCUAAAGACGGAAAGCUCUCUAGAUGGUUUUGCUACCAAAACAGUUGUCGACAAAGUGGCAGAGAGAAUGAUGUACGUGUGAAUGAGAGAGAAUGCUAUGUGUGUGAUUGGAUGCCUCCCCUUGUACAUUAAUCCACCUCCUUGAUGAAAUAUAUACAAUUUGUUGUUUUAGACUUCAGCGUGUGUAGAGCUUUAUAUUGUGUUUUCUGGUGCAGUAAGAACAGCCCUCUUAGUAUGUGGGUCCCAAGAUAUUGAAGUGUUGUCGUCUGUUCAGCUUCUGUGAAACAUCAAGACAGAGAUUAAGCCUUACUACGGUAUAUGCAGUAUGGACAGAAACGAGAAAAACUGGUUAAUAACAGGUCACUUUACCCUUUGUUAUUUAAUAAGUCAUAAACGGCAUUGUCAUUCCAUUCAUGAUAACACACAAAAAGAGAAACAGCGUACUUCGCUGUACACCAGGGGCUCUAAUGAUAACACACUUAUGAUCAAAUGUUGACCCCUUGACCCCUCUUAGGUUAAUUGCCACUCUACUAUGUACAGUAUGGUGUCCUUGACAGCAGGUCACUUUCCCUUUACCUCUUUGAAACAAUUGUUUGUGGUGCGCUGUUCCUCGGUCUGGCAUUUCCUGCUUUGUGGACGUGGAGAAGCCAGUUUUGAGAUCCUAGCCUGCCCUAUUCUGCCGUCGCAUCUGUUCAAGCGUAACGCCAGCUGCUCACCUCACCAAUAUUCUCUGGGACCUUUCCUCUGUGUAGCCUAACAGAAUUAGAAUUCAAGCGUUGAACAACCCUCAAAAGCCUCUCACAAAUUUCACCAUACAACUGCUAAAUCUCAUUUUCUCCUUUUGUUCUUUCAUAUUUUUAUUCAAUUUUUAUUUAACCUUUAUUUAACUAGGCAAGUCAGUUAAGAACAAAUUCUUAUUUACAAUGACGGCCUACACCGGCCAAAACCGGACGACGCUGGGGCCAAUUGUGCGCCGCCCUAUGGGAUAUGUUCUCAACAUGUCUGUACUGUAGCUCGGAGUGUUUGAAUUGGACCAUCUCUUCAGCUGUAGAGACACACUGAUAGUAAUAAAAUGUGUCAAUGACGUGUCUGGUAAAAAGAAGUCAAGUGGUUUCUUUGAAUUCUUGAUUUGUAUAAUAGCUUUCUUAUAACAGAAAAUGUCUGCUGUAUCUCUUUGAGUCUUCAGAUGGACCUAAACUGAUAAUACAUCAUUGUACUGUUAUAGUGACCUAUUCUAUUUUCCUUGUAUGAACUACUCAUGAGCUGGAUAUUUAGCUUUUGUGUAUGUGUGUGUGACAUGAUGUAUUACACAGGUGUUUUCAAGAUGCCAAUAAAAAUAUACCAAUUGUA